UUAAUAUAAAAUCCGACUAUAAAUACCGGCCUUAAUAUUCUAAGAAUACACUUAAAAUGUUACUUAAUAUUAAAUAAUAUUAUACGCUUAUAGGGUAAUAAAUACUUAAGUUUUUAUACUUAGAGAAACACAAAAGGUUAGAAUCGAUGAAUUAAUAAUACGGAUAACGAUUCGUUACAUAUGUUCCCUCCCUGCAGUUUGACUUGACCCCCCCCCCUCCUCACCUUUGCUUAAACAAGGACUUUAAAUUCGGUCUCUCCCCUCUUCCUUAUGUUCUGUGGAAGUGUGGACUAUGGAGAGGCAUGGAACCCAAUGGAACCGAAGUAUCUGAAAUUUUAUCCCUGGCCGGCGUGUUUGGCUGUUCGUGAGAAUCAUUUACCAUCCGAUACUCCACAUGUGCCGAUCUUGAUCGAGGAUAUUCUUCAAUACGCAUCCUUACCUGAUUACACGAAAAACUGUAUAAAAACCGUACAAACGAUCGGUGAAAUUGUACCCGGUACCGCGCGAGUUGCUUGUUUACAAAGUAUUACGUCGGAUGGCGAGGUCAGAAUUACCCUCAGCUUAGAAAAGCUUCCUGCAAAUGCUCUCUACGUCAAGGAUCACAAGGGACGACGUUUGUUUAUAUGGGAAAAAUUUCAUGUCUUUAAAGUUUUUGGAAUGUUGGAACAUAGAGAAGCUGAAGUUGUACUGGUUGCUCAUAAACUGUUGAAAGUUCAAGACAUACAUGGCAGUUUGAAUGCAUUAUUACUGUUGUCUACAGUAGUACGCCCUAUGCAUUACCAGUAAGAUUUAAUGCUAUGAUUUCAAUGAAAAAAUUUAUAUUUUUUAUAUAGAUACUUUGUACUUUUAUGUAGAUCUUUAUUUUGAUAGAGAUUAUUAUUUUAUAAAAUAAUUAUUUGUUUUAUAUAUAAGUUGUUUCAAUUCUACAUGGAAUUGUAAGACUCGUAAAACUCAUUGUGUUGCUUUUUUACUACAUAGAAAAGCUGCACAACGAGUCUUAUGAGUUUUAUGAAUCUUAUGAUUCUGUUUAGGAUUGUAACAUAUCUUUUAUAAAUAGUUUUACUUAUAAAAAUAAUUAUUU